CUUCGUCAUCUCGGACUACACGUGUCUACCCUCUUACUCGACCCCACUCCGCUCGUUUCUCCGCCUCUCCUCCAUUUUCUUCUUCUUCUUCUUCUUCUUCUUCUUCUCCUCCUUCUGUGCUCUGUUGUUACUCUUGCACAUGCACACGUAUACAAAUACACUCCUACUUGAACCAAAACACUCUUUUUCUUUUCUUUUCUUUCUUCUUUUCUCUCUUGAUUACAGUUGCAUAUGAUGAUUCCAUAAUCAACCACCGAUAACACUACAGCAGAAACUGUAUUCGACGUUCUUGGCUAGGAAAAUGAUCAUGUUUUAUUUAUUUUCUUCUUGGACUUUGUGAAUUCUGAUUUCUGGUGCAUUUAUUUUCAUUUAACCGAUAGAAAUAACGAAGAGGCCGUCGAGGUUUGUUUCAUUGUAAUGGCGGGAAACGAGUGGAUAAAUGGGUACUUGGAGGCGAUAUUGGAUAGUGGAGCUGGUGCCAUUGAAGAGCAGAAACCUGUUCAGCCGGUUGAUUUGAAAGAUAGAGGGCAUUUUAAUCCAACUAAGUAUUUUGUUGAAGAGGUGGUCACUGGUGUUGAUGAGACUGAUUUGCACAGGACAUGGAUUAAGGUGGUUGCCACCCGUAAUACCCGUGAGCGUAGCUCCAGGCUUGAGAAUAUGUGCUGGCGUAUUUGGCACCUCACUCGCAAGAAGAAGCAGCUGGAAUUGGGGGAAUUACAAAGGUUGGCGAAUCGAAGAUGGGAACGGGAACAAGGACGCAGGGAUGCAACAGAAGACAUGUCCGAGGAUUUGUCAGAGGGAGAGAAAGGGGAUGGUGUGGGAGAGCUGGUGCAAAGUGAGACCCCAAGGAAAAAAUUCCAGAGAAACUAUUCAAACCUGGAAGUCUGGUCGGAUGACAAGAAGGAAAAGAAACUCUACAUUGUCCUUAUAAGUUUACAUGGUUUAGUCCGUGGAGAAAAUAUGGAGCUUGGUCGAGAUUCUGACACCGGUGGACAGGUCAAAUAUGUGGUAGAACUUGCUCGAGCACUUGCUAGAAUGCCUGGGGUUUACAGGGUAGAUCUUUUCACUCGCCAAAUUUCCUCACCUGAAGUUGACUGGAGCUAUGGUGAGCCAACAGAGAUGCUAACUGCAGGAGCUGAAGAUUCUGAUGGCAAUGAAGUUGGUGAGAGCAGUGGAGCCUAUAUUGUUAGGAUUCCUUUUGGUCCGCGUGAUAAGUACCUCCGGAAAGAAUUACUUUGGCCUCAUAUUCAGGAAUUUGUAGAUGGAGCUCUUGCUCACAUUCUUAAUAUGUCAAAAGUUUUGGGGGAACAGAUUGGAGGCGGUGGCCCUGUAUGGCCAUAUGUUAUUCAUGGCCAUUAUGCUGAUGCAGGUGAUAGUGCUGCUCUUUUAUCAGGUGCUUUAAAUGUGCCAAUGGUAUUGACGGGGCACUCGCUUGGAAGAAACAAGCUUGAACAGCUUCUGAAGCAGGGACGACAAUCAACAGAAGACAUCAAUUCAACAUAUAAGAUUAUGAGGAGGAUAGAAGGAGAAGAGCUUUCACUUGAUGCUGCUGAACUCGUGAUCACAAGUACCAAACAGGAGAUUGAAGAGCAGUGGGGACUUUAUGAUGGGUUCGAUGUCAAGCUUGAGAAAGUCUUACGUGCUCGUGCUAGACGUGGUGUCAAUUGCCAUGGCCGUUUCAUGCCAAGGAUGGUGGUUAUUCCUCCUGGUAUGGACUUCAGCAACGUUGUGGUUCAAGAAGAUGCCCCUGAAAUUGACGGAGAACUUUCAUCUCUUAUUGGUGGUACUGAUGGGUCUUCCCCAAAAGCAAUCCCGGCAAUAUGGUCUGACGUCAUGCGGUUCCUUACUAAUCCCCACAAACCAAUGAUUUUGGCCUUGUCGAGGCCUGACCCAAAGAAGAAUAUUACCACUUUAUUGAAAGCCUUUGGGGAGUGCCGUCCAUUAAGGGAGCUAGCCAAUCUCACACUUAUAAUGGGAAACAGGGACGAUAUAGAUGAGAUGACUGGUGGAAAUGCAAGUGUUCUCACAACAGUAUUGAAAUUGAUUGACAAAUAUGAUCUUUAUGGCCUAGUGGCCUACCCUAAGCAUCACAAGCAAUAUGAAGUUCCAGAUAUAUAUCGUCUCGCAGCAAAAACAAAGGGAGUCUUCAUAAAUCCAGCAUUGGUUGAGCCUUUUGGGCUUACCUUGAUUGAGGCUGCAGCUCACGGGCUUCCUAUGGUGGCAACUAAAAAUGGUGGACCAGUUGACAUCAAUCGGGCGCUGAAUAAUGGUCUGCUUGUAGAUCCUCACGAUCAGCACGCUAUUGCUGAUGCAUUGCUUAAGUUGGUAUCAGAGAAGAACCUAUGGCAUGAAUGCAGGAAGAACGGGUGGAAGAAUAUACAUCUUUUCUCAUGGCCUGAACACUGCCGCACUUACUUGACUAGGGUAGCAGCAUGUCGGAUGAGGCACCCACAAUGGCAACUUGAUACCCCAGGAGAUGAGAUGGCCUCUGAAGAGUCAUCUCUCAAUGAUUCCUUAAAGGAUGUGCAAGAUAUGUCCCUUAGGCUCUCAAUUGAUGGCGACAAAUCUUCAUUUAAUGGAUCUCUUGACUAUUCAGCUGCAGCUACAGGGGACCCUGAGUUGCAAGAUCAAGUAAAACAGGUUCUGAGCAGGAUAAAGAAACCAGAAUCUGGCCCAAAAGAUGCCGAAGGUGGAAAGCCUGAGACUGGUACGAACAAGUAUCCCAUGUUGAGGAGGCGACGCAGAUUGAUUGUCAUGGCUCUAGACUGCUAUGGUACUGAAGGGGAUCCUGAGAAGAAGAUGAUUCAGAUUGUGCAAGAUGUAAUUAGGGCUGUUCGGUCAGACUCACUGUUUGCAAAAAUAUCAGGGCUUGCUUUAUCUACAGCUAUGCCAUUGUCAGAAACAGUAGAUUUCUUGACAUCAGCAAAGAUUCAAGUAAAUGAAUUUGAUGCAUUAAUUUGCAGCAGUGGGAGUGAGUUAUAUUAUCCUGGAACUUACACCGAAGAAAAUGGAAAACUUUUACCUGAUACAGAUUACGCAACACAUAUAGACUACCGUUGGGGUUGUGAAGGUCUGAAAAAAACCGUUUGGAAGCUUAUGAACAUGACUGAAGCUGGUGAACAGACUAAAGAAACCAGCCACAUCCAGGAGGAUGCAAAAUCAAGCAAUGCCCAUUGCAUUACGUACCGGAUAAAGGAUGGCAGUAAGGUAAUGAAAGUGCAUGAUUUGAGGCAGAAGCUUAGGAUGCGGGGUCUCCGUUGCCAUCCAAUGUAUUGCAGGAGCUCAACAAGGGUGCAAGUUAUACCUCUCCUGGCAUCUCGAGCACAGGCACUCAGAUACAUUUUCGUUCGAUGGAGAUUGAAUGUUGCAAACAUGUACGUAAUUCUUGGCGAAACCGGAGAUACUGAUUAUGAAGAAAUGAUAUCCGGGGCUCACAAGACCAUAAUCAUGAAAGAUGUUGUGAAAAAAGGUUCUGAAGAAUUGCUGAGAGCCAUGGACUUAAAAGAUGACUUUGUUCCAAAAGAAAGUCCCUCGGUUGCCCACUUAAGUGGAGACGCAUCAGCCAACGAGAUCGCCAAUGCCCUGAAGCAAGUCUCAAAACCUUCAUCCUGAAUGUGAGACUCUUAGUACAUACUUGUUUCCUAUUUGAAACUUAUAGUAUUCGUUUCUUCUUAUUUUCUUUUUGGUUGUAACGAGGUGGGAUCUUCCCAGCUCCUUUGAACUUUUUUCAAGCAAAUUCUGAUGUGGGUUCUUGUCUCAAUGUAGCAAGGCAACGACGCCCACAGUAGGAAUCUGCUGUUAUUGCCUUUUAUGUAGAAAAUUUGCUAUGUAAUUUUUCUCACGUAUAAGCUUAGAUAUAAAACCUUAUGUGACUUCGUUA